GUCUUCCUACCAACACACCAACUUCAAUAGCCUACCAUGCCACCAAUUCGCUCUGCAAACGCGCAGAAACUAGCCAAUCAAGAGGGCAAGAUCCUAUUAGCCCUUUCUGAUUUAGAAAAUGGCCGUAUCAAUUCUCUUCGCGCGGCGGCAAAGCUAUACGCUAUACCUCGCUCUACUCUGCAAGCGCGCGCUGAUGGCCGGCUGUCACGCGUUGAUAUACACCCAAAUAGGCGUAAGCUUACUGAAUUAGAAGAGGAUUCGCUUGUUCAAUGGAUUAUCUCUAUGGAUGAGCGUGGAGCAGCGCCUAGGAAGGCUACUGUACGCGAAAUGGCUAAUAUCCUACUAAGCGCGCGCGGUAGCCACAGGAGCCACCCUCCGCCUACCGUUGGUGUUAAUUGGUCAUCAAAAUUCAUCGACCGUCGCCCUGAGCUUCGCAUGCGAUUAUCAAUACGGCAUGACUACCAACGCGCACUAAAUGAAGACCCUAAACUGCUACGAGAGUGGUUUUCUACCGUACAACGCACUAUCGAUGAGAACGGUAUAUAACCGGAGGAUAUCUACAACUUUGAUGAGACAGGAUUUGCAAUGGGCCUUAUAUCUACGCAGAAGGUUGUUACGCGGGCAGAAAUGUAUGGCAACGGCCGUCGCCUUCUUCAACCAGGAAAUCGCGAAUGGGUUACUGCGAUUGAGGUAAUUGGCGCUGAUGGCUAUUCGCUUCCGCCAUGCGUGAUUUUCAAAGCUAAGGUUACUAUCGCUAGUUGGUUUGAUAAACUACCAAAAGACUGGCGAAUCGAGGUCUCUACCAAUGGCUGGACUAGUGAUGAGAUUAGCCUACGUUAGCUACAAAAGCUCUUUAUCCCAUCGACGAAUUCGCGCGUACGCGGUCGGUUUCGGCUAUUGAUUCUUGAUGGCUAUGGUAGCCACCUUACGCCCCAAUUCGACCGAAUCUGCG